UACACUGACGGGGGAAAAGAGGAAAUCGUGGAAAGUGAAGCCGAGUUUACGAUUGUUAGUGUUGAAAAGCCAGUAACACGAAGCAUUGUGUCUGUAUUGCCUCUCUGAAUGCUACUUGAAUAUAGUAUCAUUAUGAAAGGGAUGUCUGACCUCUGAUAACAACCUGCUGCAGGAACUAGCAGGCGGGAAAGAAUCACACGUUUGAACGGUGCAUCGCCAAUGUUGUUGUUGGACAUUACAGCGUCUGGAAUCUCCCGUCUCCAUACAGGAAAGUUGGGCAAGGAGUUUCGGGAUCGAUACCCACUGACAAAGAAGCUUCACGAGCGUUGAUGGAGCUGUACUCAUCCAGGAAAAUGAAAAUCAUUCUACUGUCUUCCUGAUGGGCCUCGUAUACAGUUGCAAAGUUUUGCCGAGUCAGGAGGAGCGCCUUGAUCCGCUGUUGUAGCCAGGGAGAAGAUUAUUGGAGGAAGACGGUGUUAGCAAUGAACUAAGGACACGUUGAUUUAACUUCUGAGAUCAGUGAAGGAACUACUGCCAAUAUGUACUGGGAUGUCAGCCAUGAAGACACCAGUGAGGACAGCGUGGAGCAGGAAAUGGGGACUGCUGAUGAGAUUAUGGGAAGUAAGCAGUCAGGACUGGAAAACCCACCCUUCAGUCAGUGCCUCACCCUACAGAGCAUUCAGGACGCCUACAGUGCUGGGGAGCUGGAGCGAGUUCAGCAGCUUGUACGGCUCUUUUGUGAGGAAUCUGGCAGCAGUGCAGAGAAGUGUGACCUCUUGGCCGUCGCUGCCUCGAAUGGAGACGCGGACAUGGUCUGCUACCUGCUGCAGGAGGCACAGGUGGAACUGUCGAAAGAGCCCAGUCCUGAAAACCCUGCUAUCAUCGCUGCUCAUCAGGGUCAUGAGGACGUCGUCAGAGUGUUACUGAAUUCCAUGCCAGAUGAGUGCCCGGACAAGGACCUGCUGAGCUGGAUGCUUGCUGCAGCCUGUAGCCAGGGACACAUGGCUAUAGUGCAGCUCUUGGUGCUUGAGUACAAGGCCGAGGCAAACAGCUGUGGGAUGAAGUCACAGAAUUAUCCCAUCAUCACUGGGCAGCCAUUGUAUGCAGCGAUGCAGGCAGGGAACGAAGAGAUUGCCAUCUUCCUGCUGGAGAAUGGAGCCCAGUUCUCCUCUUACACACUCAUGGACCACCCGCAGCUCAGCAAACAGCUCCUGAGGAAACAGUUUACAGAACCAAACAGCCAGUGCGAAGAGUCAACCACACAAGCGGGCCAGUCACUGAAGUGGUCUCACCUGAAGCUGCCUUGGUUGGAUCUGGACUGGUUCAUAGAUAUGUCCAAUCAAAUAACAGAACUCGAUUUGAGCAGGAACAGCCUCACUCUCCUCCCCUCAAUUAUUCCUUGGGGACUAGUGCACCUAAGAAAACUCAACUUGUCCUCAAACCAGCUGAAGGAAUUACCGGAUGCAGUCUCAUCAGAAGAAAUCCUCUGUUCAGGAAUACUGGAGAUUAAUGUAUCACGAAACCAGCUGACCAGCUUGCCCACUAGCUUCUUGCAUCUCCCAAAACUUCAGAAACUGACAGCUUCCAGCAAUUUUCUGCACAUGUUAUUUGAUGAAGAAAAAGCAACAAACUGGAUUGGAUUACGAAAGCUGAGGGAGAUUGAUGUCUCUGACAAUAGAAUUGAGAUUUUGCCAACAGUUUUCCUUCAUUGUUUCAAGUCCCUCAACAGUCUUAAUGUGUCUCAGAACGCACUGAAGUGCUUUCCUGAACCUUGGGCUUGUCCUUUGAAAUUUUGUAAUGUUUCCAGAAAUUCAUUGGAAUCCCUCCCAAACAGUCUUUGUGUCUUCUGGAAAAAUUAUCUGAAGGAAGCAGACUUUUCUGACAAUUUACUGAAGGAAUUGCCAUCGAACAUCUUUGAGCUUCAGGCCCUGAAUUCCCUGAAGCUCUCUGGCAAUCAGUUGCAGUCUCUUCCCCCAGUAGACAGAUGGCAAUGCCACAAUAUCAAGUCGCUGGAUCUCUCUCGAAAUCAGUUUGGAAAGGGAGAAGAUUCCUCCAGGACAAGGAAAGUCAAUUUUUUUACAAUGCGACUGAAGAGAAGUUCGGACUCGGUUUCGGUGAUUGAAUUCCCACAGAUCCUUGGUGAAUGUUUAGAAGUCCUGCAUCUGGACAGUAAUCUUCUGGAUUCAGUCCCUCAGUCGGUGUGCUGGCUGCGUGCGCUCUCUGAGCUGUACCUUUCCAAUAACCCUGGAAUCCGAGAGCUCCCUGCCGAGCUUGGUCAGCUAGCUAAUCUGUGGCAGCUGGACAUCGAUAAAUUAAAUAUCUCAAAUGUUCCAGCCGAGAUCAGAAAUGAAGGACCAACAUCGGUGCUGGCCUUCCUCAGAGCUCAACUGCGGAAAGCUGAGCCUUACAAGCUGCUGAAGAUGAUUAUUGUUGGGCCGCCCCGCCAGGGGAAGUCUACCCUCCUCGAGACUCUUAAAACUGGGAAACCUCCACAGCCCAUGCACAAAGAAAGUAGUGUCCAAACCACCACCUGGGAGCUUCUGCGACCUGCCACCGUCAAGACUAAGGUGGAUUCCAUUAUGUUUAAUGUCUGGGACGUCGGAGGUGCUGCUAAAAUGGCCACCGUCAAUCAGUGCUUCUUCACCGAGAAAGCCUUUUAUAUAGUGGUGUGGAACCUGGCACUGGGAGAGGAGGCUGUGGCAAACUUACAGUCUUGGCUGCUGAACAUUGAGGCCAAGGCUCCAAACGCCACUGUGAUUGUGGUCGGAACUCAUCUGGAUUUGAUUGACACCAAAUUUCGCACGGAGAGGAUCGCUACACUGCGUGCGUACAUCUUGGCAUUGUGUCGCUUCCCCUCCGGACCCAGAGCCAGUGGGUAUCCUGACAUCAGUUGUCGGAAUUUACAUGAGUUAUCGUGCAAAACAUUGGAUGGGCUAGAAGGUCUCCGUAAACUGAUCUUCCAAGUUGCUUGCGGCAUGAGGGACACAGGGGGUGUAACUACUUCACAGAAGUUAGUUGGAAGAUUGAUACCGAGGAGUUACAUCAACCUGCAGACUGCUAUCCUGAGGGAACAGCAGAGAAGAAGUGAUAACAAUGAGGUCCAGUACUUAACUGACCAACAGCUGGAGGAGAUUGUGCAGCAGACUCCUGAAAACGACAUCAAAGACUUUGAAGACUUACAGACUGCUCUUGGCUUCCUUAUUGAGACAGGAGCACUGCUUCAUUUCCCAGACACUAGCCAUGGGCUUCGCAAUCUAUAUUUCCUGCAUCCGGUGUGGUUAUCGGAGUGCUUGGAGAGAAUUAUUAACGUCAAAGCAUCCCGCUCUUUUGCCACAAACGGAGUGAUACAGGUGUCGGAACUAAGGAAACUACUUGACGGAACUGGCUUCACAAAGCAGACUGAGGAGCAAUAUUUCCAGUUCUUAGCCAAAUUUGAGAUUGCACUUCCAAUUGCCAACAACAGUUACCUCCUCCCACACCUGUUGCCAUCCAAACCGGGAAUCGACAUCAGUAACCUGCCAAGGAAGGGAACCAACACCGUUGAGAGACUCUUCAAGAUGAGCUUUGUGCCCAUUGGUUUCUGGCAGCGGUUCAUCGCCCGUAUCUUGAUCAGCCUUUCUGAAAUGGAUGCACAACUCAUUGAGAAUGAAAGGAACCCAAGGCGAGGCCGAGGCAAACGGGCUUCCGUUUACAGUUUCACGGCGUCCCAGCGUCGCAAUCGCUGCAGCACUUUCCGAGUAAGAAGAAACCAAACUAUUUACUGGCAAGAAGGUUUGCAAUUGAACUACGAAGGUGGGAGUCUAAGUGUGGAGUCGUCGGAGGUGAACUGGAAAAGGAAAAAAAGUGCAGGAAUAAAAAUCAGGUGCCAGUCGGAAACACGGGAUUUCUCAGCGGUUGCGUUCAUCACUGAUCACGUCAAUUCUCUGAUCGAUCAGUGGUUUCCAGCUCUUACUGCCACUGAGACGGAUGGGGCUCCCCUGGUUGAACAGUACGUCCCCUGCCCUCACUGCAGUCCCACGACCACCAGGGAAGCACAAACCCACUUCCAGGGACAAGGACUACACUACUUCAGCAUGGAGGACUGCCUGCUCACUGCCAUCGAACACAUGGACAUUGAGUGCCCGAAUCACCCGAUGGCCCCAGUGCCUCUGGACGAGUUGGUUCCUGAGAUCUUUAUGACGGAUUUCCCAGCCCGGUUGUUUCUGGACGUGAACUACUUGGAACAAAGUGAUGGUACAGACCAUGUCCUGGGACAAGGAGGUAGUGGUACCACCGUAUACAAAGCAAAGUACAGAAAUCUGCCCAUAGCAGUCAAAAAGUUUCACUUCAAAAGUUCUCAAGCACAAUCAAGUAACCUACGCAAGGAUUCAAUGUUUAGGCACUUGGAAGCGAUGGAAGCACUGCGGAAUUUCUCCGAGUUCCGGCAGGAAACCAGCAUACUGCACUCCCUGCAGCACCCGUGCAUUGUGGCGUUGGUGGGACUCAGCAUUCACCCUCUCUGCUUUGCCUUGGAGCUGGCUCCACUCGGCAGUCUCACCAUGGUGCUGACUGAAUACUCUAAAGCAGAUACCUCCUUUAUACCUCUGGGCCAUAUGCUGACGUACAGAAUAGCCUAUCAAAUCGUACUUGGGUUGGCCUAUCUACACAGGAAGAACAUCAUUUUCUGCGAUCUGAAGUCUGACAAUGUUCUGGUCUGGUCCCUGGACGUGGCGUGCCCAGUGAAUGUGAAACUGUCUGAUUACGGGGUAUCUCGUCAGUCAUUCCACGAGGGAGCCCUUGGGGUAGAAGGUACUCCUGGAUAUCAAGCACCAGAAAUAAUGCCAGGGAUUGUUUAUGACGAAAAGGUUGACAUGUUUUCAUACGGUAUGGUCCUUUACGAGUUGCUGUCUGGACAACGGCCGAUCCUUGGGCACCACCAGGCACAGAUUGCAAAAAAACUGUCCAAAGGAAUCCGACCUUUACUGGGAUCCCUGGAGGAGGUGCAGUUCCCCGGGAUGCAGAAUCUAAUGUAUCAGUGCUGGGACACCAAGCCCGAAAAGCGGCCGGGAGGAAGCUCUGCCGUCAGGUUGAUGCAGGAUCCCAGCUUUCCAGUCUUCAUGUAUACCUUGCAGUGCGGCAAACAGGAAUUAUUCUGUCCUUCUCAAGACCUUGAGCACACAGUUAUUUUCUGGGAUGAAGAAGGAAGCAAGAGGAAUUACAGUGUGGUGAAUAUCGACAAAGGACUGAUUGAAGUCGAUCACAUCAGUUGCCCUGGUGUCGGACUAAGCUGCCAAGUGAAGCUGCAGACUGCUUUAUGGACAGCAACGAAGGAUCAUAAAAUUCAUGUAUACAGUCUUAAAGGGAUGUGUCCCUUAAAUGUGCCCCUCCUGGUCCUGGAUGUUCCUGCCGUCGUCACUUGUUUCCUGCCAGUAUCACGUGGAAACCAGAAAUGUCCAAUAAUGCUGGCUGGCAUGGCUGAUGGACUGGUCGCAGUCUACUCAUUAGCCAGUGAAAUUCCCAAGGACUGGUCCUAUCUGUGCUCGCGUUCUGCAAACAACUUCCAGUUCAAAAUUCCCGACAGCGACCCGCGGCAGAAUGCAUACCCCGUGGCUGACAUGAUAGCGGUGAACAACAAAUCGGAGGUGUGGUACAGCAACGGUCCCGGGGUUCUGAUCAUCGACACGCUAACUACGGAAAUCAUUCGCCGACUGGAACCGUACCAGCCGCCUUCGCAGGUCGUCUCAAUGGCGUGUAACCUGGGCUCCAAUGGAGAAGAGACCAUGUGGUGUCUGGAUGACAAGACAAGUACGUUAGUGAUGUACCGUGCCUAUCAGAUCUGUGCUCACUAUGCCUGCAGUGACAGUAAUCCAUUGAGAGAUGUGUUCCCCAUCAAGCAGCCUGUUAGUGCCACAGCGAGCAUUGCCAUCACACCCAAGGACACGAGUGAAACCAACUCCAGCGACGUCAGCAUUAUUUUCCAUGACGACGUUGGCACUCAGAUAAUAAGACAUUGCGACUCCAUGACCGAUUACUGUUCCUUGUCCUCCAGCUCUUCCUGCUCCUCCGACAGGAACAUCAGUUUGCUAGUCUCCUCCACCAGCCCAACGAGUGCUCCCACUUCUCUGAACUACGAAGAUCCAGACAAGGUUGGUGCGCCUGAAGAUGUCUCCCCAGCUGCAGAUAAUCCCAAGCACCUACAAGCUGUAAAGGUCCUCCCAGUGAAGGACACGUUAUGGAUACCAAGGCAUGGUGGUGACAUCGUUGUGAUUGAAAUUCAAAACCAGGGCGGCUGGGAACAAGGCAAGGUGGUGGCUGUGCUGAAGGCUGGAUCGGUUACCGAGGAGAGCACACUGGUAGAGGCUGCUGUUGUGGCAAAGGACACGGUGGUCUGCUGCUUUCGAGAUGACGUUGGAGAAUGGCGACUGUGCUUGUGGAGGGGCUGGGGUUCCCAGGAAUUCGAGCUGUUCUAUCAGUCCUCUGAAGAGUUGGGGAGAAUGGAAGUCAGCAUGCGCAAGCGGAGGUAGCUUCAUAAACUUACUCCGCUGCUCUCGUAGCUUCACAGCACAGAAUCCAUUGACACAAAUACAGAAAUAAAUCUCUAAACUGAAGUUUAAAGACCAGACUUUUAAAAAAAAACACUGUCCUUGUCUUUGAAUGUAGCCUGUGGAAACAGGAGACUUCAGCACAGGACACUCUUCAAAGUAGCUAACAUAAUGAGUGGAAGACAAUGAGGGAUCUGCCAUCUUCUGUUGGAAUUCACUCAACUGCACAGCGAUUGAAGCCUUCAGUUUAUACACAGGCUGAAUUCUCAUUUCAGGAUCCAUUCUGUCUUCUUCCAUUUACAGUUUGAUACUGCUGUUCUUCAUUAUGUAAAGCCAUAUGGGUUGUCUUGUCUGCAAAAAAAAGUUAAAAGGGCCUAAUUUAUUUAUUAUGCAAUAAAUACAAUUAAAAAUUAUUUGUCUAUAUGUGAUGGGAGUCUUUAAUGUCUGUGAAAGUCAUUGGUAACAUUCUAACACUGUGCAUUUCUCUUAAAUCAACAGUCCAUCAUCCCUUGUCUCCUCUGUCGCGGGGCACUGGGGUGGAUGUUCGGUCCACUGGGGUGAAAGAGGACACACUU